AUGAUUACUUAAUAAGAAUCAAAAGAAUAAGUUUAAGUUCCUACUAAAAUUUAUACUUAUUAAGAUCUUCUUAACUUUGAAUCAGCCGAAAUUUACAGUAGUUUCGGAAAAAUGAGAUUAUCUACAAAACUAACUGCUCCAAAGUAUGGUUUUGGCACAGCAGAUAGAUAAUAAUAAAACAAAGUUUUUCAAAAUAAAGAAUUAGCAAAAACAAAUUUCGCAGGAAAGAGUUCCCCAGGUCCCGCUUAUGAUGUGAGGGGAAUGGAUUAUUUCACGUAUAAAAACGAACCUGCGUGGAGAAUAGGAACACAAGUAAGAAAUACAUUAAAUACAGGAUCAAAACAUGAUUUUUAUUUAAGAAAAGAUGUUGAUUUUGAUCCUAUGGAAGCCGACCUUUGUAGAAGACCAAGACCUCCUACAGUAAGAAUAGGAUUAGAAUUAAGAUUCCCAAAUGAUCCUAAAAGACAUAGAGGAACUCCAGGACCUUAAUAUAAUCCAUCUUUAAGGCAUGAAAUUCCAAAUGCACCUAAAUUUUCUUUUGGUUUUAGAAGAGAAAUAGCUGGUUUUUCACCACUUAUUGCAAACAGUUCUACGCCUCAAUUAGUUGGACCUGGAAGUUAUAUAUAAAAAAAUGUUCCACGGACUUCGAAAAUUACAAAUGAACCUAUUUGGUCUUUCCCUUAGGCAUAAAGAUUCUCUGGAUUUAAAGCAGAUUGGUCAUUAGCGCAUUAUAAUAAACCCCGAGCAAUAGGAGUUUAAUAUGAUUCAAGAAAAUAAACUUUGCCUUAAUUUAGUUUUGGAAAAUCAAAUAGGGAUGCUAAAACUGGAGCUUUUAAAGAUAUGAUGUCAACUUAAGAAGUUCAUUUAAGAAUUUAAAUGCCUAAGUUUUGA